AUGCCACUCGAGCAAGUCCUUAUGCAAAUCAAGGACGAUCCUUCCUUGAAAUGGCCGGAGAAAAUGAAGGAAGACCCCAGUAAGCACAAUAGAAAUAAGUAUUGUUGCUUCCAUAGAGAUUAUGGGCAUGAUACGGAUGAGUGUUUUGACUUAAAGCAGCAAAUUGAUAAUCUCAUAAGGCAAGGAAAAUUGAGAAAUUUCCUUGGACGAGACCACAAGGAUGAGAAGUUGAAAGGGAAGGUGGAAGAAUUGUCGCGACCACCGCUUGGAGAAAUAAGAGUUAUUAUAGAAGGAAGUUCAGUAGGCCAGUCGUCCAAGUCAAGGAAAACAUAUCUCAAGGUAGUGCAGAACGUUCAACUAUCUGGACGAACAUUAAGGACGAGGAACACGGAUGAACAAGCCAUCACAUUCACAGAUGAUGAUGCUGAAAGAGUUCACCACCCCCAUGAUGAUGCCAUUGUCAUCACUUUGCUUAUUGCUGAUUAUACAACAAGAAGGGUGUUAGUGGACAACGGAAGCUCAGUAGAUAUUUUGUAUUAUUCAGCUUUUCAAUAG